AACACAAACAGCAUCAUUCGCUCCCACGCUGGGGAAGACAGUAGUCAAACCAACUAGUCAACAUUGAAAUUAUUUGUUUACAUUAACUCUAAGUAUAGGAUAUCGUCCCUUAUAUAAUAGUGAUUUAAAUGUACAGCGUGUAAUAUUGAAUAUGUUUAAAGUUACGCAGUUUGUAGUAUUUGCCAUAUUGGUUUGUGAUUUUAAAUUAGGUCUUGGUCUUGAAUACAGCAAACAGCAACGAUAUAACCCAAACACAGACUUCCUUGUACAUGAGUCUAGUGGAGGAUCAGGAAGUUCGGCUUGGCCUAAGAGAGAUUAUGUAGCUCCUAAUAAUGCAGGUACUGUACAAAAUGUAUUUGGAACACAAGACUAUAAUUCACAAUUUCCAUCUUUGGGAACACGCUCUACUUCGACAUAUACCACAGUGAAGCCUUCAACAACUGUACAACAACAGACAACCCGAAAAACCCAAUCUGGAGGCAAACGGGAUUAUGUAGCUCCCCAACUUCCAGCCACGAAACCUCAAACAAGUUUAGAUCCAGGAAAUGCUGCUCCACCAACCCCCGUCCAAAAACCUCAAACUACAGGGAAACGAGAUUACGUAGCUCCUCAAUUUACAACAACGAAGCCACAACAAACACCAGGGAGAGUUAAAGAUCUCGUCAACUUUUAUGAUAGUAAAUCCAUGAAUAAAAAUGGUCCUCAAAAUACGUCCAGCUAUAGCUCUGUUAUACAAGGCAAUAAACAAGGAUCAUCGGUAGCUCCAUCGACAGGAACCGUUACAAGAACUACAUCAACACCUACAAAACCGUUAAGCUUUAGUUCAGUCGUAGCUGGCCCAAAUAAACACGGUACUCCGACUACAUCGAAACCCUCAACUCAAAAUAAUCCGUUAAAACCUAAUGUGCAAGGAAAACCAUCUCCAACCCCUGGACGGGGUCCUGUAUUACCAAGCUCCUUGGUGAAUAACAACAGGAACAACAAUCAAGGCAAUGGUAAUAGCCCUACUGACGCAGAAAUACAAUCUCUAAGUGAAGAUUUACUAAGGAAAGAUAACAACAAUGCUGCGAAAUACAUUACUGUUAAUUAUCAAGAAAAAACGAAUGGACAAACAAAAGAAGAUAAAGCACCACUGCCAUUACUCACCAUAGCGCCUGAUGCCUGGAAUAUUCCGACUGUCCAAAAAUUAGUGCCGUUAUUAGAUAACUAUGAGAGAGACACGAUGAUUAAUGAGUACGUUACACCACAAGAACGUAACGAAGAAAAUGCUUUUAUGGAUGCAAUCAUGAGUACUACAGUAAUUCGUACUUUAAUGAACUUCUUGAAAGAUAAAGGCUAUGUUACCCCGGACCCCCGGCAGCAAAGAGAUUUUUUGAAACAACUGUGGUUCAACUUAUAUUCUAGAGGCAAGGGCAAAAUAAGCAGUUCGGGUUUUGAACAUAUUUUCGUGUCUGAACUCAAAAACGGAGAUGUUCAAGGACUGCAUAAUUGGGUUUAUUUUUCACGAGAGGAAGCCGCCAACAGACUUAAUUAUCUUGGAUAUAUGAAGUACCAACAGUUGGGUGAUAAAGGCGUCGUCAUGAAACUACACUUUAAUCAACAAGGCUUAGAUAAGCCCGUAGAUACAUUGUUUAUUGGAACAUCACCGGAGUUAGAAAUUGCUCUUUACACUCUUUGUUUCGUCACCCGUGCUGAUAAUGAUUGUAAACUUAGACUCGGUUCCAAGGAUGUUGAUAUUGUUACCCACACUUUCCGGUACCGUAGCAAAAAUUAUAUUGGCAGUGCAUAUCCGCAAAUAUGAAAAAUUCUUGCAGCUUAUGGACAAAUAACAUACUUAUUUAAUCGGAACUUUAAUCAGUUAUCAGUACAAUAAUUAAAUUAUUAUGUAUUAGUUUUAUAUCUUAUGAAUAGCAUUUAAAUUCAAUAAAAAACAAAUUUUCUAAG